AUGAGCUACACCGCCGUCGACACCAUGAUGGCGGACGAUCCCGACGAAGUGGCCAAUUUUCCCACGGGGUUCCUCAACAGCUUGGAACCGGACGGCCUGCCGCCGUACCGGCUGACGUUGAAGGUGGGGUGCAUCGUGAUGUUGCUCAGAAAUCUCGAUCCGAGGAGACGACUGUGCAACGGUACGAGGUUGGUGGUCACCGAACUGCGGCGUCACAAUUUCAAGGCUAGGAUUUUGGGCGGUGAAGCACAGGACGACGACAUCGUCGUGCCCAAGAUACCGCUCACGUCCAGCGGUGAGGACGACCUGCCCAUCUUACUGCGGCGCCUUCAAUUCCCGGUGAGAUUGUCGUUCGCCAUGACCAUCAACAAGUCGCAGGGUCAGACGUUCGACCGUGUAGGUUUGUUACUGACGUCGCCUGUGUUCACGCACGGGCAACUGUACGUAGCGUUUUCGAGGGUGAGAAACGCACAGUCCGUGAGAGUCGGCAUGUACGCCGAUGACAGCGGCCGAUUCGUCACCAAGAACAUAGUGUACAGGGAAGUUCUGUAA